ACGGUACUUUUAUGGAAACUGCGACCAGCAGCCAGUCGAGUCGGUUCACAAAGUGGUCGCAUCUCGGAUCGUUCCGCUUGGCCUGAGACUCGCUCCUUCUGGUUUCUAUCGACGCAAGGGGAUUUUCUGUUUUUUUUAAUUUUUCUUUUGUUUUGAAUCAAACACAGGAGGACGACAGCGCGUCCAACGAGGUUACAUUUCAACAGAGCCUGCUUGUCAACUUUGUGGUCAUUGUGGUAAAAACAUGACUGAGGUCGCGCAGGUUGCGGCUGUAGUCGCCCAGGACAUCAAUGAUUUUGCAAAUGAAGAUGAGCACGACAUAAGUGAUGCAGAAAAUAAGGAAGAUGACGUGACACAUGAAGAGGAAAAUGUUAACAACAAGGUCGAGGAGAAAAGUGAGAAGACGUCACGCGUGGAGGAUGAAAAUCCUCGGCAUGUGAAUGAUGAAGGAAGUAAUGAGACCGACGAGACGCACGUGAACGGUGUACAGCACAAAGACGACACAGCCAAGGAGAAAAAAGAGAGGUCAGACUCUGUCAAUGGUGUAGCACAGGACGGAACGACAAUGGAGGAUGAGGAGCCUGACGCAAACGAAGACCAGACUAUUUCUGAUUUGGCACUUAAGAAAAAGAAACUCCUCCGAUCCAGAAAGCCGGUGGCCAGAAGCUACGUGCCAAAGCUGAACAAAGACAAGGGGGAUGUGACGAACAAGUUUGCGGCGAUGCAGAAGGCCAGGGAGGAGCGCAGCAGGCAGAGGAACCAGGAGGAGCAGCAGAAGAGGAAGGAACAAUAUGUCAAGGAGAGAGAGUGGAACCGCAGGAAGAUGCAGAUAAAAGAACUCCUCGCUUCCAGUGAUGAGGAAGAAGAGGUGAAGCCAUCAAAGGUAGAAAAAUCCUACGUCCCCAAAAUCACAGGUAGUGUGAAGGGGAAGUUUGCUGAAAUGGAAAAACAAAGACAAGAGGAAGAAAGGAAGAGGAUGGAAAGAGAGCGGAAGAAUAGGGAAGCCCAGGACAACAUGGAAAAGGCCAAAAUAAAGAAGGAAUUGGCCAAGAAAGCAGCCGAGGAAGGAGAUGACACAAUCCUGGUGCGGGUGGUUCCAGCCAAGUCGUCACGACCUCCGGGCAGAAUCAAGAUGAACUUUGAAGACAUGGAGAAGAAUCGGGAGGAGGAGCUGGUGAAGAGAGCAGAGGAAGAGAAAAAGAGACGAUACGACGAAAACAAGCGCUCCUUCAGGGAUGCCAAGCGGCGUUCGGUUGUUCAGCUGGAUGAAGACGAGAAGCCUUCAGAUAAGAUGCAGGUGACCCCUGGAAAGCUGAAGUUGACGUUUGAGGAGUUGGAGAGGGAAAGGCAGGAGCAGAGAAAGAAGCAGGCUGAGGAGGAGGCCAAACGCCGCCUGAUAGAGGAGAAGAAAGCUUUUGAAGAGGCCAGGCUGGGAAUGGGAGAAGACGAGGAGGAUGCUCAGCCUGCUCAGGAAGAUAAGGAGGAGCUCAGACCUGGAAAACUGAGGCUGAGCUUUGAAGAGCUUGAGAGGCAAAGGGUAGAAGAAGUGCGAAAGAAAGCCGAGGACGAGGCCAAGAGACGAAUGGAGGAGGAGAGAAGAGCGUUUGCCGAAGCCAGGAAGAGCAUGCUUGUAGAUGAGGAUGAUGAGGUGCUGAUGGCCUUGCUCAACCUGGAGGGCAGUAAGCCCGGGAAGAUAUGUGCCAGUUUUGAGGAUCUGGAACGCCAGAGAAGAGAGGAGGAGCAGAAGAAGGCCGAGGAGGAGGCCAGGAGGAGACUGGAGGAGGAGAAGAGGCUCUUUGCUGAGGCCCGCAAGAACAUGAGCCCUGGACUGGACAAGGAAAGGUCUGGAUAUGGAGAUGAAACAGCACUAGAUGAAGAGGAAGGAAUGGUUAAGAGUGAAUCUCAGGAGGCGCUGCACCCAAGAAAACUGGAGAUCAACUUUGAAGAGCUUCUGAAAGAGAAGGAGGAGGCUGAGAGGAGACGCAAGGCGGAGGAGCGCAAGAAGAAAAUGGAGCAGGAGAAGCAGGAAUUUGAACAACUCAGACAAGAGAUGGGCGAGGACGAAGUGAAUGAAAGCUCGGAUGUUGUCAGCAAGGAGUAUGAAGAACUGACCAAGCUCAAGAGGACUGGCUCCAUCCAAGCCAAGGACCUCAAGUCCAAAUUUGAGAAGAUCAAGCAGCUGACUGAAGAGGAAAUUCAGAAAAAGAUAGAGAUGGAGAGAGCACGGAGGAAGGCCAUAGAUGAUGAAAUUAAAGAGAGAGAAGCUGAGAGGUUCCAGGAGGAGGAUGAGGAAAGAGAAUCGACUCCUGCGAGGGCCGAGGAGUCACCAUUCAAACAGAAGGUGGAUAUGAAAGCCCGAUUUGAGCAAAUGGCCAAAGCCAGAGAGGAUGAGGAAAGGAGGCGGAUAGAGGAGCAGAAGCUGCAGAGGAUGCAGUUUGAGCAGCAAGAGAUUGAUGCCGCCCUCCAGAAGAAGAAGGAGGACGAUGUGGAGGACGAGGGUAGCAUCAUUAACGGCUCUGCAGCCUACGAAGAUGAGGAGGAUCACGCCCGGUCGGGGGCUCCAUGGUUCAAGAAGCCCCUCAAAAAUCAAUCAGUGGUGGACUCGGAGCCUGUGCGGUUCACCGUUAAGAUCACCGGGGAGCCCAAGCCGGAGGUGACCUGGUGGUUUGAGGGGGAGAUGCUCCAGGACUGUGAGGACUAUCAGUAUAUAGAGAGGGGAGAGACGUACUGCCUCUACCUGCCAGAGACCUUCCCAGAGGACGAGGGAGAGUACAUGUGCAAGGCCGUGAACAGCAGAGGCACCGCGGCGAGCACCUGCAUCCUCACAAUAGAAACCUAUGACUACUGAUGCCCUUCCAUGUUUCCAUGUCCUGGAAACCUUUCCUGUUGUCUCUCACUCCUUUUGUAAAACUUUGUCCCUCACGGUAUGGUCAAACAGCAGAGGGAAGAAAAUAGCAGUAUGCUUGGCAUUCCUAAGGGAGGGAUACACAACACAAAACAGACGCAAGAUGUUGUUUACGUAUCGCUCAAAUGUAAAGCUGCACUCCCUGUUAGAGUCUCAUUUACCUGUGCCAAAAAAUAGACGUGACCCUUGUGUGUUCUUGUUCAAAAAUCUUCGCUGUGAGGCCCCUCUGAUAUUUGUGACACCAGCUGAUUUUAUGUAUCAUAGUACUGUGUUGUACAUAUCACACUUUCUGGUCCGUACAUAGCAAACAUUAUACUCGAGGCACUGAUGUAAAAGAAAAAAAAGAUUAGAUGUCCUUCUACUACUGCUCAACAUCUCAAUCAGUAUGAAUCAACAUGCGGUUGGUAAAUGGUAUAUUGUGAUACUUGGCUGGUAACAUGUUUGUCAUCCUACAGUGAAAAGGUCCGUUGACAGUGAUAUUAAGUACUGCAGGAACAAGACAAUUUGAAAUCAAAUGUACAUCCUGAUCCUUUCAGUGAAACUCUUUAGGUUCAGAUAAAGUUUUUUAAAGUGCAGCAUCUAAAAAAAAGUUUGAUAUGUUGAUUUUUCAUUUACCAAACCCCCUUUUUCUUUUUGAGUUGAAUGAAAUACUCUUGAUACAGUUGUCAUAAUUCAAUUGUGCUGGACGGUAGGUAACCUUUUUAUGGUUUGAUAAUGGAGAGAAAGAUAGGCUAGCCUGAAUAUUUGUCAUAUAUUAUAAAUGAAAAUGUUUUAAUAAAAUGAACAACA